AUGGUUCCAAAUGAAGCAAAUCAGUACAGGGGGCUUAUCAGCCUGCUUAAGCAUUUCAGAUGGACAUGGGUUGGACUCUUUGCUGCAGACGAUGACAGCGGAGAUAAUUUCUUGCAGCUCCUGGAGCUGUUGUUUUCCAAGAGUGGAAUCUGUUCAGCAUUCACAGAAAGAAUCCCUAACCAAGCUUACUUGCAUUCUCUUAAUGAAUUGAGCAAUAUGGUCUCAAAUACUUAUCAACGUUUGGUAGAUACAAAAGCCAUUACAUUUGUCAUCUAUGGUGAAACAUUGAGCAUUAUGUGGCUCAUGAUGUUAAUAAAUUUAGCAGAUCCUGAAUACAUGGAAAACAGAAAUGUUGGAAAGGUGUGGAUUAUGACAGCCCAGGUUGUUUUUACUGUAACAGGCCUCAUAAGGGGAUGGAAUUUUGAAAUGUUCCAAGGCACUAUUUCCUUUGCAGUUCAUUCACAUCAACAUCCAGGGUUCCAGGCGUAUAUUCAGAACAUAAAACCUUAUGAGACACAAAGCAAUGGUUUUCUCAAGGACUUCUGGGAGCAAUCCUUCGACUGUUCAUUUCCAAAUCCUAAUGGGCCAAAAGAGGACAAUAAAACAUGCACAGGGGAAGAGAGACCAGAGAGACUACCUGGAUCUGUCUUUGAAAUGCACAUGACUGGCCACAGCUACAGUAUCUACAAUGCUGUCCAUGCUGUGGCACAUGCUUUGCAUGCCAUGGACUCAUAUCGAUCCAAUCACAGAACACUGAGGGGAAGCAAAAGCCUUCGAGACCUCCAGCCCUGGCAGCUCCAGCCAUUUCUUCAAGACAUUUCAUUUAACAACUCAGCUGGAGAAAAAGUUUCUUUUAACGAAAACAGGGAAAUGGUAGCUGGAUUUGAUAUAAUGAACAUGCUAAUGUUCCCAAACAACUCCUUCUUUCAAGUGGAAGUUGGAAGGGUGGACCCCAAUGAAGAAGAAAAAAUCGUCAUCAAUGAGGAUGUGAUUGUGUGGCCAAAACAUUUUAACCAGGCAAUUCCCCUUUCUGUGUGUAGUGAUUCCUGCGACCCUGGUUAUCAGAAGAAAAAAAGGGAAGGAGAGAAAUUUUGUUGCUUCGAUUGUUUUGCAUGCCCAGAAGGGAAGAUUUCAAAUCAAAAGGAUAUGGAUGAAUGUUUCAGAUGCCUACAAGAUAAAUAUCCAAGCAAGGACAGAGAUAGGUGUAUCUCCAAAAUUGUAACAUUUCUGUCCUACGAAGAACCUUUAGGCAUCAGUUUAGCUUCCACUGCUGUUUUAUUUUCGCUCAUCACAGCCUGGGUGUUAGGAAUGUUUAUUAAGCACAAAGAUACCCCCAUAGUCAAAGCCAACAACCGGGACCUCAGCUACGCUCUCCUUGUCACCCUCCUGCUUUGCUUCCUCUCUUCUUUGCUCUUUCUUGGACGACCUAGUAAAGUGACUUGCUUUCUGCAACAAUCUGCUUUUGGCAUCAUCUUCUCAGUGGCUAUUUCUUGUGUGUUGGCCAAAACCAUCACUGUGGUUGUCGCCUUCAUGGCCACCAAACCAGGCUCCAUCAUGACAACAUGGGUGGGGAAGAGACUGACCAACUUCAUUGUCCUUUCCUUCUCCCUCAUUCAAGCAGGCAUUUGUGCUGUGUGGCUGGCAACCUCUCCCCCCUUCCCAGAUUUUGACAUGACGUUACUAACCAAACAGAUUGUUGCAAAAUGCAAUGAAGGGUCUGUAAUCUUGUUUUAUUUUGUUUUGGCAUACAUGGGACUUCUGGCCAUCAUCAGUUUCACUGUGGCUUUCCUGGCAAGGGAGCUGCCAGACAUUUUUAAUGAAGCCAAGUUCAUCACCUUCAGUAUGUUGUUGUUUUGCAGUGUUUGGUUGUCUUUUAUCCCCACAUAUCUGAGCACCAAAGGGAAACACAUGGUAGCUGUGGAGAUCUUCUCUAUCUUAGUCUCUAGUGCUGGGUUACUGGGCUGUAUCUUUUCCCCAAAAUGCUAUAUUAUUGUGCUGAGGCCAGAGUUGAACAACAGGGAACAGCUCAUAAGAAGAAAGACUUAG